CCUCCUCAGAGGAAUUUUUUUGAGGACGAUCAAAACCCACGAGAAAAAAACCCGAAAAGAACUUUUCGUCCCCCUUCAGCUUUAAUCAGAUUUUUUUUUUUUUGCGUUCAUAUUCAUCAUUUUUCUUCCCGACAGCUGCGCUGUGACUCGACGUUUUGCCACCUGGGAACUUGAUUUUUUUAAUUUGUUUAAUUUUUAAUUUUUUUUAAAUAAGUGUGCUCUCACACAUUUACCUUUUUUCUCCGCCCCCCCCCCCCCCCCCCCCCCACACAGAACACACGCAGACUCCUACUCGAUCCUGCACAAUGUUCCCAGAGGCAAACAAAGGCUACGGCUACGAGGACUGCAAGGCCACCGCCGAUUGGCUGCUGGCCCAGACGGACGUCCGGCCCACAGUGGGCAUCGUGUGCGGGUCGGGGCUCGGGGGGCUGGCCGACAUGUUGAAGGACCCGGUUGCCUUCAACUACAAGGACAUCCCCAACUUCCCGCAGAGCACCGUGCACGGACAUGCAGGGAGGCUUGUGUUCGGCAAAUUGAAGGGGAGGCCGUGCGUUUGCAUGCAGGGGCGCUCCCACCUGUACGAGGGCCUGCCAAUCCAGAGGAUCACGCUGCCCAUGAGGAUCUUCAAGCUGCUCGGCGUGGAGACGGUGAUGCUGACCAACGCGGCCGGCGGCCUCAACCAGGACUUCAAAGUGGGAGACAUCAUGAUCAUGAAGGACCACCUCAACAUGCCGGGCUUCGCCGGCAACAACCCCCUGGUUGGACCCAACGACGAGAGGUUCGGCGUGCGCUUCCCGUGCAUGUCCGAUGCGUACGACCGCGAGCUGCAGCAGCUGGCCAUGGACGUGGGACAGGAGCUGGGCUACGGCGACUUCCUGAAGGAGGGCGUCUACUGCGUGCUGGGCGGCCCCUCGUUCGAGACCAUCGCCGAGUGCCGCAUGCUGCACAAACUGGGCGCCGACGCCGUCGGCAUGAGCACGGUCCACGAGGUGCUGGUCGCACGCCACUGCGGCAUGCGCGUCUUCGCCCUCUCGCUGAUCACCAACAAGGCGGUGGCGGACUACGACAGCGAGGAGAAGGCCAACCACGAGGAGGUCCUGCAGAUCGGGAAGCAGCGGGCGGAGCAGCUGGAGCGGCUGGUCUCCACCAUGGUGACCAGGAUCGAGCACAACAACGACUACGUCUGAGAGACGCCGUGCUCCGAUCUGAUGGGGGGGGCGCGGGGGGCCCACGCUGGUCAGAGGACUAGAUUUCCGCCUUUGUAGUAUUCCCAAAAGGGAAAAUGUCAUUUAGCUCUUCGUCUGGGUGAGGACACGUAGAUGUUCUGUACAGGAAACAGAACGCACACGGCCCUGAUGUCACCUCUCCUUUUUUAUUAUCGGUAUCUGUUUUUAAAUGAGUGCGUAUUUCUUUGUUCUAACUCAACACACGAUCAGCUUGUACAAAUGUCUGCAAUUUAACUUAAUGAAUGAGCCCCAAUCCGCUGUAAAGACCUUAACAUUAUGUUGUUGGAACGUGUGUGUGUGUACAUGUUACUGUGCUUGUUUUUUUUUGUAAUAAGACUUGUUACUAAAUGCUCUAUUUAUUACUACA